AAGUGUGCUCAGAGCGAUAGACUCCCAGGAGCCCUCUGACAGAACCCAGGCAGCCUCUCUCUCUCUUUCUCUCUCUGCUGACAUCCAGAGCAGCACUUUAAAUCAGCUUUCUCUCUCUUCAGAUCUGCUGAUUUGUUUGGGUGUGUGUGUGUGAGGAGCCACUGAGCUUUGUCCGAGGGGGAAGAGCCUUGGAAUUCAAAAAGAAAAAAAAAAAAAGAAGUGAAUUAAACUUUUUUUGGGACGACAUGGCACUUCGGCAGAACUCUGACAAGGAGCCGAGCAUCGAGCUGUUCAUCAAGGCUGGACAUGAUGGCGAGAACGUGGGGAACUGCCCCUUCUGCCAGAGGCUGUUCAUGGUUCUGUGGCUGAAAGGAGUGAAGUUUACAGUGACCACCGUUGACAUGAGGAAGAAGCCGGCCGAGCUCAAAGACCUGGCCCCCGGGACCAACCCUCCGUUCCUCCUCUACAACGGCACCCUCAAGACAGACUUCAUCAAAAUCGAGGAGUUUCUUGAGCAAACACUGGCUCCUCCCAGGUAUCCUCAUCUCAGCCCGCUGAACAAAGAGUCCUUUGACGUGGGCGCCGACAUUUUCGCGAAGUUUUCCGCUUACAUCAAGAACAGUCCGAACAACGCCUACCAUGAGAAGAACCUGAUGCGGGAGUUCCACCGCCUGGACAAGUACCUGAUCAGCCCUCUGCCCGAGGAGAUCGACCACAACUCCAGAGAGGACGUCACCGUCUCCAAGAGGAAGUUCCUGGACGGAGACCGCCUCACCUUAGCCGACUGCAACCUGCUGCCCAAACUGCACGUCAUCAGGAUUGCUGCCAAGAAGUACUGCAACUUCGACAUCCCCGCUCAGUUCACGGGCGUGUGGCGAUACCUCAACAACGCCUACGAGAGAGACGAGUUCAGACAGACGUGUCCGGCCGACAUCGAGAUCGAGAAGGCCUACUUCACCGUGGCCAACCAGAGGAAAUGAAGACCCGACUCUCUGUAUUUUAAAUCCUGUUUUUCACCCAGUUGUAUCCAUAUAAAGUAAAGCUGGUGCUCAGUUAGGGGGCGCUACAACCUCCAAGAAUAAACCGUGGCGAUGAAUCAGACACUAUUCAAACGUCUAAAUCCUGAACCUGCAGUAAGACUUCGACACGCAAAAGCAAAAUGUUUUACUGGUUGUAUGUUAUCGACUGUUUUAUCCGUCGUCGCUCACAGACGAAUGGUGUGUUGAUGCCACGCUGAAAAGGCCAAAUGUGCAAUUGACUGUUUGUGUUUUUGUUUAUAGUGUAAAUAUAUUUUUUUUCAUGCUUUUUAUGAUCAAAACACCCUCGUCGAUGUAAAUGUGAUUGUGUUAGUGUGAGCAGCAGAAAACACAGAAACCUUCAAUAACAGUUUGUUCUAAUGUAAAACAUGAAAUAAUACGUGGAAUUACACUCCUGUAUCUCAUCCUGUACAAACACAUUUUGAGAUGAUUAUUGUCUCACUGUCACACUAAUAAAAAAACAUCAAAUUA